AUGGCUCGUACUAAACAAACCGCUCGUAAAUCAACUGGUGCCAAGGUCCCAAGAAAGCAUCUCGCCAACAAGUCUGCCUCCAAGUACCCAUCAACUUCUGGUUUGAAGAAGACCCAUCGUUUCAAGCCAGGUACCGUCGCUCUUCGUGAGAUCCGUCGUUACCAAAAGACCUCAGAGUUGCUCAUCAAGAAGCUUCCAUUCCAACGUUUGGUUCGUGAGAUCGCCCAAGAGUUCAAGACCGAUCUUCGUUUCCAAGCUGCUGCCAUCCAUGCCCUCCAAGAAGCCUCUGAAGCCUACUUGGUCGGUCUCUUUGAAGAUACCAAUCUCUGUGCUAUCCACGCCAAGAGAGUAACUAUCAUGGUCAAAGACGUCCAAUUGGCCAAGCGUAUCCGUGGUGAACGUGCUUAA